UAACCUUGCUCGUGCAGGCCACAGUGCUGACGUGCAGGUGCAAAAGAUUAUUAUUGUUUUGUUAUUAUUGUGUACUAUGUGAAGCCGUGUGGGCAUUGCCAGGCUGUCUGUAGGCUCCUGCUGCUUCGCUGUCAGUCAACGAAAUACGUUGACGGCCGUGACGGAGGCCACAGUGACGGAGGCUUUGUGGCUUUGUCGUCUUCAAAACAAGGUCAAAGGGCCUUCACCUUCGCUCGCUCCUUGAAACCGGAACUAAAGAGCUCGGAAAAAAAAAAAACGACACAUCUUUCUUUUUCUCUUCUCUUCCGUGUACCAUCCGUACCCUCUGCGUGUGUCAACGUCAACCUCUCGUGCGUGCGUUGUGCGGUGUAUUCCUCGCGUCGAGGACUUUAGUCGGUGUAGAUGUUCCUGUGAGCGUAGGACGACCGGCUCCACGAACGCGUCGGCGUACAAGACUCCGCGAUCGCCAGCCUUUCGCCGAGGCAACACCAAAUAUGAGUGGCAGUCGUCGUCGAACGCGACAAGCGGUAUCAUUAAGCUCCAGCCGCCGUAUUUGCCUCCACAACCACCAGCGCACGUGAAACAACGAAAAGGAAACAAAAAAAGAACAAUCGGUAGACUUAAAUCGUCGCAGUGACGCACUGUUUUUCCUACACCAGUUUCACCUGUGCCCCAGUCAAGUCAACUCGCAUAGAGGAGAGAGGAGAGGGGGUCGUUUGGAGGAAAACCCCUGCCGAGAUCUCGAGGUCGUACGGACCAGCCAGCCUGCCUACCGGCCGUCCAAGACUUCUGCGUGUGGUGCUGCUUGCCGCUAGACGGCAGCAUGGCGGAGGCCCACCAGGCAGUUGCCUUCAGUUUCACGGUCACCCAUGAGGGCGUCAACAUCAACUAUGACCGGGAAGUACUCCUGCUCGUCUGGCAGAGCGGCCUGCGAUCCUGGAAGAAGCGGGUGGCUCGCUUCCUCACCAACCUCUACAACGGGGUCUACCCGUCCUCGUACCGGAGCCUUUACUUUCUCUUGUCUGUCGUCACUGGACUCUCCCUCCUGGAGCAAGAUGGUGGACUCGUGGAGCAGAUCGCGUCGCUGGUGUCGAUGGAGAAGGCGCCCUCCGCCGCCCCUUCAAUCCUGCCGCGCCUCGCCACCAGUGGUGCCGUCAGCGUGGUUCUUUGGGUCGUGUGGAGCUUGGCACAGCGCUAUGCCCUCAAGGGACUCUUCAUGUACAAGGGGUGGAUGUACGAAAGCCGCGGUAGCGGAAGCAAGGUGUCGCUGACGACGCGCCUCUGGUUUUGCGGAGUGCGGCUGCUGAAGGGCAAGAACCCGCUGCUGUUCAGCUACCAGUCGACGCUGCCCAAGCUGCCCCUGCCUUCGCUGGACGACACAAUGGAGCGCUACCUGCGCUCCGUCAGGCCUCUGCUGGACGACGCCAACUACGCUCGGAUGGAGGGACUCGCCAAGGACUUCCGGCACGGCAUUGCCCAGAAGCUCCAGAGGUACCUCUGGCUCAAAUCAUGGUGGUCGUCCAACUAUGUGUCAGACUGGUGGGAAGAGUAUGUGUACCUGCGCGGGCGGAGCCCCAUCAUGGUCAACUCUAACUUCUAUGCCAUCGACGCCAUCCUGGUGAAACUGACGAGCAACCAGGCGGCUCGGGCGGCCAACCUGGUCUACGCCUCCUUUCUCUUCCGCCGGGGCAUCGACUCCCAGCAGAUGACGCCCAUCAUGGUGCAGAACACCGUGCCCCUGUGCUCCCGCCAGUAUGAGCGUAUCUUCAACACCACCAGGGUCCCCGGCGUGGAGACAGACCAGCUGGUCCACUACCAGGACUCUCAGCACGUGGCGGUGUACCACAGGGGGCGCUUCUUUAAGCUGCCGGUGUAUCACAAGCACCGGCUGCUCCAGCCGUGCGACCUGCAGCGCCAGCUGGAGCACAUCCUGAGCAAUGAGAGCGCCCCGCAGGUCGGGGAAGAGCGGCUGGCCGCGCUCACGGCCGGCGAGCGGUCCGCGUGGGCCAAGCUGAGGGAAGCGCACUUCCGCAAGGGCCUCAACCGGAUCUCCCUGGACGCCAUCGAGAAGGCGGCCUUCGUGUUGGUCCUCGACGAGGACGAGUACGGGUAUGACCCGAAGGACCCCGGGCAGCUGAAUCACUAUGCAAGGUCGCUACUGCACGGGCGCGGCCAUGACCGCUGGUUCGACAAGUCCUUCAACCUGAUCGUGGGGAGCAAUGCGAGGGUGGGCUUCAACGCGGAGCACUCAUGGGCAGAUGCACCCAUCAUGGGGCACUACUGGGAGUUUGUACUGGCCCAAGACUUCUUCAUCCUCAAGUACGACGAGGCCGGAAACACCCUGGGCUUUUCGAGCCUGGAGCUGCCGAAUCCGGUCCGGCUACGAUGGGACCUGUCGCCAGAGUUGGUGAGCCACAUCGAGGCCAGCUCGCUGGCUGCGGUGGCCCUGCUCGAGGACGUGGACCUGCACCUGCUCACGCACACAGCCUACGGCAAGGGCUUCAUGAAGAAGUGCCGAUGCAGUCCGGAUGCCUUCCUGCAGAUGGCGCUCCAGUUGGCGUACUACAGGGACGCGGGCCGGUUCAGCCUGACGUACGAGGCAUCGAUGACGCGGCUGUUUCGGGAAGGGCGCACAGAGACGGUGCGCCCUGUCACGUGCGAGUCCAGGACAUGGGUCUUGGCCAUGCUGGAGCCCAACGCCACCGUGCAGGAGCGGAGGCAGAAGCUGGCCAUCGCUUGCGCCCGACACCAGAAGGGGUACCAGGAUGCCAUGUGUGGCAAAGGCAUCGACCGGCACCUGUUCUGUCUGUACGUGGUGUCCAAGUACCUGGAGGUGGACUCGCCCUUCCUGCGGGAGGUGCUCAGCGAGCCCUGGCGCCUGUCCACCAGCCAGACACCCCACAACCAGACCAGCCUGCUGGACCUCAGCAAGUUCCCGGACUUCAUCUCAGCCGGUGGCGGCUUCGGGCCCGUAGCAGACGACGGCUACGGCGUGUCGUACCUCAUCGCGGGAGAGGACCACCUCUUCUUCCACGUUUCGAGCAAGCGGUCCUCGCCCGAGACGGAUUCCUUACGGUUUGCGAAGCACAUCGAACAGUCUCUGAAGGACAUGAGAGCCUUGUUCGAGUGAAGACAGCGACGAGGAGCAGCCGCUGCCACCAACGCCCAAAGGGGUGUCCGUUUCCCCACUCCACCUGUUGAGAGUGAAGGGAAGCUUGGCCCCCACCCUUUCCUCCAGCCCUGUCAAUGCAACUCGGGAUUGUGCAGCUCCCGCCAACCCCCGUUUUACUUGUGGCCUUGCGGAAAAUGAAAGAAAGUCCGUCGGAACUGUAAGCUAGUGCACAAAGGGGAAAACUGCAUGUGGCAUAGACGUAGGCGUCAACAGAGAAGAGCGCCUUGCGGCGUAUUUGGUUGUGAAGAGUGUGUUUAUGAGAGCGCGUGAGGGACAAGCGACCGUACUUAUUCACCCUUUACAGAUAGAAAACGACGCCAUACGCUGCUGAUGCCGAGUGUGUAAAGUGGUUCUUUCUACGCAGUUUUGUUUUUAUGCUGCAGUGUUUUUUCGCGUGUACCUUUUUUUUGUUUUUUUAGUGACUGUUAUGUGACUGAUGUCGCAUGAUAUCAAAUAAAUGGAUUCUAUGGCAAAA